CGGAGAGGCUGAUGGGGAAUCUCCGAUCGCAUCACCAGAAAGCAACAAUGGGCCGCUUACCUGAGGAUGGUCCCGUCCGAUAACAAACGUAAUGGUAGCGGAGGAAUACUGCAUUUAGGAUAUGUUGUUAAAUAGCACACUUUUAGCCACUAAUACGUCGUAUCGUUUUAAAAUAGCAUCGUAAUUCCCGUCGAAAUCAUUUUCAGUGGCGUUUUCAGCCGGAUCAUUCAGUGAUGGAGCAUAUCAGAACGCCCAAGGUUGAAAACGUCCGUCUGAUUGACAGAGCGUCUCCCAGGAAGGUGUGCAUUGGUACCUUGUAUCUGACGGGCACGCACACCAUCUUUGUCGAAAACACGCCCGAGACCCGCAAAGAAACAUGGAUCCUACACAGCCUCGUCUGUGGCAUCGAGCGGCCGCCUGUGACCCCCUCUGGAUGCCCCCUGCUCAUUCGCUGCAAGAACUUCCAGGUUGUCCUGUUCCUCAUCCCCCAGGACAGGGACUGCCAGGAUGUGCAGAUCUCCCUGGUGCGCCUGUCCCGACCAGAGAGGUACGGAGAGCUCUCCUGCUUCUCCUUCAACCCUAAGAUCGACCAGGAGGACCGAAAGGCAGCCUGGAGCCGUGUGGACCUCAGGACUGAGUACUGCCGCAUGGGGGUGCCAAACCAGCUGUGGCAGAUCACUCACGCCAACAGUGAAUACAGGAUUUGCGAUACUUAUCCAUGUGAGCUGUACAUCCCAAAAACAGCCACGCCCCCCAUCAUCGUGGGCAGCUCAAAGUUCAGAAGCAGGGGCCGUUUUCCAACACUUUCGUACUACCGCCGUGACAACCACGCUAGCAUCUGCCGCAGCAGCCAGCCCCUGACCGGCUUCAGUGCUCGCUGUCUGGAGGACGAACAGAUGCUGGAGGCCAUCAUGAAGUCGAACCCUGGCAGCCAGUUCAUGUAUGUGGUGGACACCAGGCCCAAACUGAAUGCGAUGGCCAACCGGGCUGCGGGAAAGGGCUACGAGAACGAGGACAACUACUCCAACAUCAAAUUUCAGUUCAUCGGCAUUGAGAACAUCCAUGCGAUGAGGAACAGCCUGCAGAAGAUUCUGGAAGUGUGUGAGCUCAAAUCUCCCAGCAUGAGCGACUUCCUGUGGGGGCUGGAGAACAGUGGCUGGCUGAAGCACAUCAAAGCCAUCAUGGAUGCAGGCAUCUUCAUCGCCAAGGCGGUGUCGGAGGAGGGCGUCAGUGUGCUGGUGCACUGCUCGGAUGGCUGGGACAGGACGGCUCAGGCCUGCUCCGUGGCCAGUUUGCUGCUGGACCCUUAUUACAGAACCCUGAGGGGGCUCAUGGUGCUGAUUGAGAAGGACUGGGUGUCUUUUGGACAUAAAUUUUCUCACAGGUACAGCCACCUGGAUGGGGACCCUAAGGAGGUGUCUCCUGUGCUGGACCAGUUCCUGGACUGUGUGUGGCAGCUGAUGGAGCAGUUUCCCUGCGCCUUCCAGUACAACGAGAGGCUCCUCCUGCAGCUGCACACACACAUCUACUCCUGCCAGUACGGCAACUUCCUGGGCAACAGCGAGAAGGAGAGGAGGGACCUGAGAGUUCGGGAAACGACAAACUCGCUGUGGGGGCACCUAUGGGAUAACAGAGAACUCUACAUGAACCCCCUGUACCGGCCGGACCACAGCCAGACGCAGGGAGUCCUGAGGCCUGCUACUGCCCCCUACUGCUUUAAGCUCUGGAAGGGGAUGUACUGUCGCUCGGAGAAGGGGCUGAUCCCGAAGCAGUCAGCGCUGGACUUCCUGAUGGCUUUGAAGGAGGAGACGCAGCAGCUGGAGGCGGAGCUCGUGUCUCAUGAGGAGAAAAUUGCCAGACUGGGGAAACUGCAAGGGAAGGGCUGCCAGGCCAGGGUGAGCACAGCUGGUGAUGAAGAUGGUGAGACGGGCAGCCCCCAGGAGCACACAGGCGUGGUGUCUGCCAGAAGCCCCGUCCAGCAGGGGGAGCUGGAGAGAUCGGCUCUGAUCCUGCCCCGGGACACGCUCAAGAGCUCCGACCCCGACCUCUCCGUCAACAGCGACCAGGAGUCGGGCGUGGCUGACCUCAACUGCCUCUCACCCAUUGGUGGGGAGGAGGGUGCGAAGGACCCUUACUCGGAAGAGGCUGCCUACGCCACUGCCUGAUCACACGCGGCGUUGGCAGUCUGGAGAGAACACACCCAGUGCACCAUGGAAAGCCAUUUCUUCAAUUUUGAAAUAAAAAAAUGGGCAACUUCGUCCCCCCCCCCCCGCUGCCCCACCACCCCUGCGACAGCGUGCCAUAAGGUGUAUGUUGAGGGGAAUAUUGGUUCAGAAAAUGACUGCUAAAGGAGGUAAGGAUGACAUGAGGAAGAGAACCAGCAGGAAUGACCAUAAGCUGAAAUAUACCUUUUUACACUGCUAAAUCCUGCCUUUCCACUGGAACAAAUUCUUGGAAACUUGGAAAUAAUUUUGUACGUCAUGGACGUAUAGUUCUCAAAAUGUGACUGUAAAACACUACUGCUCCCCACCCCAUCCCCUUUUUUUUAAAGACUAUUGUGCAAUAGACUAAUGUUCAAUCUUAAUCUUAAUGGUAAGAAUAUAUAGAAUAACUUAUUUUAGCAUUUUAAUGUGCUGUAUUUGCUUAUUGGUGUUUUUUGUGCAGAACGUUGGAUAUAGUAUAAAAUGCACUGAAGUUCAAAAACAGCUCCUGUUCUGCAAUCGGUGCACUGGAAUAUUUAAAUUUAAUGUUCUGUUUUUAUGAGUAAGACUUUUUUUAAGAGCCUAUGGAACACAAUGUACAUUACUAAUUUAAACUUCACAAAAAUAUCUUCCGAUCAAGUAUACUCUGUGAUGUGGCUCUGCUUUCAGUACAAAUGAACCGAACCUGAUUAGAGAAAGUGGCACAUACACUGUAAUAAGUAAACAAUAAACGGCAUUAAUAUCAUUUCAUAGGAGUGCUCCCAAAUAAACCCAUUUCCUCCUGUUAUAAGAAAUAUUCUUCAAAUUAUGAAAUAAAACAUUACUCCUUAAA